AUGAGCGAUUCGAGCACCCGAGAGCUCUUGUCCAAUCGCCGAAAAGAUCCUCCAUAUGAAUCCACCGCAUCAUUGAUCAAUGAUGGGCUUUGUCGGUCUACUGGGUCCUUAGUUAGUGGAAAUCUCAGUGAAUUAUUGAGAAAAGUAAAAAUGGGAUCGACUCAGCGUCCACAUAUUGAUAUCGAUAUUGGAGAGAAUUUAGGACAAGCAUGGGAUCAGGAGCAUUUCCGGUCUUCUGUCUCUUCUGUUUUUGAAAAUCAUUCAUUGGAAGGUACGAACUCUUCUUCGAAAGGUGAGGUUCGAGAUGAAGUGGAACUGCUAGAGCGAAUCUCGCUUCUUUUAGAAAGCAACAGCCUGUCUCCAGACUUUGGCUACGUUUUUCGUAAUUACCUUAUACUGCUUCAUGAGAAGGGCUGUUUUCCGGAGGAUGAUUAUUAUUUUCGCGUUGUAAAGGAAGGCGUGUUAGAAGCGCAAGACCUCUCUGCCGAUUUUGCCAAAGUGCUCGAAUUGUUCCUUUUCAAUCCAGUCAAUGGCGACAUGAAGCUUGCGUUGCUGGAGUAUGAGGUGGACAAAGCAGUUCUAAUUCGCUCUCUAGAGGCGUGGAAACUACAGUGGCAGGGAUUGCGAAACUUGGAUCGGUUACAAAACGUGUGGAACAAUUACGUCGCUCAAAGGGCGUACAUUUGUUGGCAGAAAGCUUUAAAAGAGAAUAUCUAUCACUCUCACGAGGAAGCUAGCAAUUUCAGAAAUUUUCAGUUGAAGUCUAAUAUGCUCUCCAGGUGGAUAUCUCACAUGGAUACUUUUGAUUUGAAAGAAACAGUUGCCAAUGGGUUUUUCCUUCAAAAGCGGUUAGUUAUUUUCGCCAAAAAAUUCGAUGAGAUAUUACAGCGUUCUAAAAGUGCCGAGGAAUUUCGGCAAAAUAGUAUAGUUCUCGCUGCAUGGCGUUCUUGGAAACUGAAAUCACAAGCUUUUCAGCUCCGACACCGACUAGAAAAAAAGAAGCUCAUAAACUGCAUGAAUCUCUUGUUGAGACGCCAGCAGGCUUCUUUGGAGGUGAGCGAGAAGGCCAGAAUUUUAUUCGAAUUCGUUCUAAAAGAAGGCAGCUUGAAGAAGUGGGAAGAGCGAAUGACAGAUGUGAGGAGAAAAGAAGACGUUGCUAACAAUUUUCAGUCAUAUUAUCUAAAGAAGGAAGCGUUUUCCCAUGUUAAAAUGGCAAGCUUAAGGAAAGAGUAUGAGAGAGCUGCUAGGCGAUCGGUGAAUUCUUCUCUACUCCGAUUUUGCUUCAAAAAUAUUUGGCAUAAGCGGCAUCGCGAGGCGAGACAGGUCAGACAGUUUCUAGCGACAAAAAGUUUAGGUGAAUGUCACAGUUAUUUUGAUCUCUGGAGACAAAGAACUGAAGCGGUUAAAGCGGCUACCACAUUUUGUGAGAAUGAGUUGAAGAAAAGGGCCGGUAAAAGGUUUAGAACAGGACUUCGAGCAUACGAUUACUCAAAGUCAUGGCGUCUUAAAAAAGGAAGGAGAGCGAUUGCAAGGUGGCGCCAUGAAACAGCGCUGCAAGAGAGAUUGAGAAAGAUGAACGAUAAGAGUCUGAGCAGCUUUUGGGUAAUAUAUCGCACCAAAUAUUUCCAAGAACUCAAAAACGCGGGGAAGGCCGAUGUACUACGUGAACUUCUCUUGACGCGCUUUUUUUUCUUUAAGUGGUUAGAGAGGAAGCAGCGCGUCAUGGACUUACAGCAGAAGGCCUAUAUACAGGAGAAAUUCAAGGCAAUCCAUUUUCUCAGGAAAGGAGCCUUGCAUUCCAAAGAAGUUAAACUGCUACUACAAAUUCGAGAUAUGAAACUUAGUAACAGGCCUAUUAUGAUGAAGUACAUGAACGUUUGGAGAGAAAAUUUACGCAUCCAAUUAAAAUUGCGGAGGGAAUCUAUGUUAGAUCAAUACUUGAUUUUCAAAGGUCGUUCGCGUCUGCAGCUGUUUUUUAAUGAGUGGUUUAGUAUCUUUCAAAGUUACACCGUGGAUUGCGUUCGAAUGAGUCAAAUUCUAUCACAAAAGCAUUUACGCACUAUGUCCUUUGGGGCGGUGAGGCGAAAAUUCGAUAUUUACAGUUCCUGGUUUCUUGUAUCUGAACGACUGAACCGACAGUCUGUUCUUCUGAAGUUCUUUUCGCAAAUGCGAACAAAGCUAGCUACUCUAGAAAUGAUGGAUGCUCAGGCCACUGAACAGAUCUCGGCAGCAAACGCUCGCUCAGUUGUCAAGUGCUUAAACAAUUGGUCUAUGAAGCAGCUAAAAUGCAGGCGAAAUAGUGACACUGUGGUAAUUUUCCGGCGCCGGUGGGAUAGAGCCACUCAGAGAGCCGUAUUGGCUCUCUGGAGAGAAAAGGUAUACACGGAACGGGAGGAUUCUCGGCUACAUCACAACACUGAGACUUUCAAGCUUUCUACAACUCACCAUCUCACUACACCUUCUAGAUACCGAGAAACAAAUCAGCCGGUGCCAGACUCAGAACUGAUCAAGCGGAAUCGUAUGGAAGCCAUGAAAACUCAGUAUCAGCGAGCAAGGCGCGCAAUACCUAGUCCUAUAAAAUCGUCCGAGUCCCUUAAUAAAUCAGCCAAGAAGCGACUUACGUCAAGCACAGAAGAUUCAGGUCAGAAGUUCCCGUCACCUCCAAAAUUGGACCUCAAUAAGGUAAACUCAAGGCUGGCAAAUAAAGGUGAACAUAUUAGCUUCAAGGCUAUUCCGAAGGCCACUUUUAGUCCAUUGGCUUCCCCAAAACGUGAAGAAAGUUACGAAUACUACCCUGUGCUUGACAGGACCUCUUUAAGUGAAGGAACCGAUGACUUUAAUGACUCGCCAACGAGAAGAUGA